AGGGAAUUGUCAGGAGAAGGGUUUUCCUUAAGGCUCCAAUGCGUCAUCUCUUCCCACCCCAUAAGCAGUGAACUAAAUGAGUUGGGGAAAAGGCUCCCAUCAUAUUAUAUUCUGGGGUAGAAAUAAAUUCUGAUUAACCUCCACAUAACUUCUCUUCCCUGCUCAGACCCAGGGGCACCCUGCUUCUGGCUUCCCAGCAAUUUCCUGGCAUUCCUUCCCUCUGACAUGGGGUUGGGGGGCGCCUGGCAAAGAAUUCUGUAUUAUGCUCUGGGGAGAAACCCUUAGGCAACAUUAUCUGGAGUUUCAGGAGCAGGAGAAAUCUGUGUUCUGAAGUAAGGGCCAAAAUUGUUCUCACAUUACAUUUUUACAUUCCAAUACAAAAAUAAAUCAAUAUAAAAAAUAAAACACUUCCUACAGUAACAAAUACAUGUGAAGUCACCCUCAGGCACAUCAUCGUCAACGUUUCUUAGACAUUUGACAAAAUUACUAACUGUUGAAAAAAAAAUUUUUUUUUACCAUUUUUUAAGUUAAUAAUUAAAGCUACCAAUCCAGAAAUCAUUUUUUAGAUACUAAAUCACCAGUAGGGAGUUUAUUUGUUGCAAAAAUAUGUGAUUCUUGAUGAGAUGAUGUUGGUAGAAAUUUGUUUCCGGAGAUAUCCAAGGUGAUAAAUCAGUCUUCCCUUUUGUCUCCGGGAAACCUAAUCGCCCAUACUAACACCCACCCAUCUGAUGAGUAGUAAUCACUUUGAUAAUCACUUUGACAUUAUGGGUGUGGUCCUCAGAGGUCCUAUAAAUUAGAGACUGUCAAGGAGUCAAGCUCAUUCUCUCCAUAACAGGCAGAGUUGAGUUGGGAGCUCACUUGGCCUCGCACACUUCUGAAAGCUACUACCCCUACCCUGUGAGGUCCUGAUCUUAACCUGACUUCAUACUGCUCCAGCAAGCACUGGUGAGGUCACAGAUAGAGUCAUUAGUAACAUGGACCUAGAUAUACUGCAAGCCUUCCAGAGGGAAAUCACCUGUGCCAUCUGCCUGCACUACCUUAUAGACCCAGUCACUAUAGGCUGUGGACACAGCUUUUGCAGGCCCUGCCUUUCUCUCUCCUGGGAAGGAGCCCCAAAUCCUGCCCACUGCUCAGAGUGCAGAGAACCAUCAUGGCAGAGAAAGUUCAAAACCAAUAUUGUUCUGAAGAAUCUGGUGUCCGUUGCCAGAAAAGCCAGUCUCUGGCAAUUCCUGAGCUCUGAGGAACAAAUGUGUGGAACCCACAAGGAGAAGAAGAUGUUCUGUGAAGUGGACAGGAGCCUGCUGUGUUCACUCUGCUGUAACUCCCAGGAGCACGGGGCUCACAGACACUGUCCCAUUGAAGGGGCAGCUGCGGACCAGCGGGCUAAACUCGAAAAGCAAAUGAGAUCUUUAUGGGACAAGAUCCAGGAAAAUCAGAGGAACCUGAGAGAGGAACAAAUAAUGAUUAACCAUUGGAUGGAAUAUGUGCUUCUAGUGAGAAAAAUGACCAGGACCAAUUAUGCAGAGCUUCACCCAGUUCUCUAUAAGGAAGAAGAACAACAUUUGGAGGAACUGGAAAGGGAGAGCUGGAAUAUCCUUCAGCAACUCAAGAGAACUGUGGCCCAAAUAAAUCAAAAGCGGAAACAACUAAAGGAAAUGCACGAGGAACUGAUGGGCAUGUGCCACAAACCAGAUGAGGAGCUGCUGCAGGAUUUGGGAGCCCUACUGAUGAGGAAUGAGUAUGUGCAGCUGCACAUGCCCCGGCCUGUGCGUCCAGAGCUCAGCAUCAGAGCCAUCACUGGACUGAUGGACAGAUACAGCCGCUACCGGGGUGAGUGUCAGCCUGCGGUGUGA